ACGUGUGAAAAGAACAGAAUAGUCUCACCCAUGUCUCUUUAAUGAACCGAAAGUAAUACUUAAACGUAGGUUAGAAAGCUUUAAACUAAAAUAUCGAUCUCGUCAGACUAGUAUCGAUCCGAUACCAAUACCAACGUUGGUAUCGAUAAGCCCAUCACUAACACGCACACGCACGUGAUGAAUGAACAUGCGGGGUCACAGGCGCGCCUCUGACCUGAUGAAUGAGUUACCUGAACAUGUUUAUGUUCCUGUGAAUUACCCGUCACACUGGAAAAUCAUUAACUGGCGCAGUGUUGUGAAUGGAAAUGUCAGUAAACGGUCUGAUCAUGGACCCACCAUCUCUAAUGCUUGAAAAACUGGAAAAUAGUAAAGAGUUGGACGCACUGGAGCGGGUGGAUGGAUGUGUGCCCUUCUCCCAUCAAGUAGCCGGACAUAAAUACGGAAUCAAUAACACCGGUGUUCUGCAGCACCCUGAUGGCACAAUACUCAAACAUCUACAGCCUCCGCCGAGAGGCCCACGAGAGAUGCUCUUCUACAAACAGGUAUAUGAUAAAGACUGCACAGAUGUGAGGCUACUGGUCCUGCAAAAACAUCUUCCCAAGUUCUAUGGCACAUGGGCACCACGGGAGUCCCCGCAUGAGCUGUAUCUGAAGCUGGAGAAUGUGACGCGGAGGUUUUUACGGCCAUGCAUCAUGGAUGUGAAGAUCGGGAGGAGAAGUUACGACCCAUUUGCCUCAAAUGAGAAACGUGAACAGCAGAUUAGGAAGUAUCCUCUGAUGGAGGAGAUAGGCUUCCUGUUACUAGGCAUGAGGGUGUACCAAAUCAACUCCGAGAGUUACAUUACCUAUGACCAGCUCUACGGACGCAGUCUUGGAAAGGACACUGUUAAAAAUGGGUUGACUACAUUCUUCCAUAACGGUAAAGACAUACGAAGAGAUGCAAUUUCCCUGAUCAUCUCUAAAAUCAAAAGCAUUCUCCGCUGGUUUGAGAGCCAAACACAGCUGCAUUUCUAUGCCAGUUCCCUGCUGCUGGUCUAUGAAGGUUCUUCUCACAGAGUCAAUGGAAUGAAACAGAGAAGAGUUGAGACAGACCUGCAGUACAACCACGGCAGUUUAACACGAUCAGGCCGAACACACAGUCAACCGUACUGUACUGAUCUUUCCCUCAGUGAGAGGACCAUCAACGGAACACGUGGAGGAAGUGUAGAGGACGGUGAGAACAUUGGAAUGAAGCAUCAGAAGGAGGAUGUACUUGAAGAAGGAGUAGAAGUGAAGAUGAUCGAUUUUGCUCAUGUGUUUCCUAGUGAUGGUCCUGAUGAGAGCUACAUGUACGGACUGAGGAACCUUCUCUCAAACUUAGAACAGAUACUGAAGGACUGACGUCAAUGAUCUGUUGUGAAAUGAAAUGUAGUCUGUUGUUGUUUGUGAUCAACCCUGUCUUGAUUCAUCUCAUGAUAUAUUAGACAUCACAUUUAUUACUUUAAAUUAAUCAUAAUCCAGUGCAAAAUCAUAUGCUAUGCAUACAGUUUACAUGCUAUAAACUCUGAACACAUGGCCCUCAAAGGUUUUGUUCUUUAAUGUAAUGAUGAACUAUCAUUGCAACAUACAGAUUUAGAAUGCAAUGGUUAUAGAUGUAAAUGAUGCCAAAGUUACAUUUUACAGGUCGAGCUGUUGUUUUAAAACAUAUUAUUCAGAACACACUUACUGUGUAAGUACUGACUUCUAUUAAUGGCUGUACUACUGAUGCAAACUAUGUUUUUCUGAUAAAAAGCUAAAAGAAACAAUGCACUUUCAAGCUAAGGUUUUACUUAUAUCUUCAACAUUUGUGCUUUUCCACAAGGGUAAAAAAAAGUUGAAUUCUGUUUCCAACACAAAAGGCCUGUUAAGUAAUUUCUUUGUGCAGUCAUUUAUUUUAGGGUGUGUAAAGCUCAAUGACAUGCAGUUUCAUGCUUUUUUACAUGUUUAAUGUUGGCAUUUAAUGUAGAGAAUUCAUAGAUUUCAAAUUCCUUUUUUCUCUAAUACAUCUGAAGAUCCAAUUAAAUUUGAUAUUUUUAACAGUA